AGAUCUUGGCCCUUCAGCACAUUCAGCAUUCAUCGUCUGGCCAGCCAGACAGCGGGACAGGCGGCACCCCGGAGGAGUCGAAAUUGAAUCCCCCGGACAGCUGCCGCUGGAUCGUGGUGAACGUGGGGCGCGGCCCUCGGCGGCCUCGGCGCAUUCGGCGAGAGAUAACACAACCGUGGCCCAGGUGCCCCGCGUCGUCCGCACGUUCCAACUUUGUGCAAGGCUGCUCCGCAAAGAAAAAGGCCAGGUGACGCGGCUCUAACCUCCAUCCCCCUCAUCAACCAUGUCCGACAUUGUGCGCUUCACCAACGGCUUCCUCGCCCUGCCAGACGGCAGCGCCGUCAAGGGCGACUUGUACGUCAACACGACGACUGGCGUCAUCAUUGCGGGACAAGAGAGCUUCUUCUCGACUGGCCAGCGGCCAUCGCGCGUUGUCGACCUCGACGGAGGUAUCCUCGCCCCGGGCCUCAUCGAUGUGCAGAUUAACGGCGCCUACGGCGUCGACUUCUCUGACCUCGACCUCAGCCCCGGCGGCGACGACAAGUAUCUCGCUGGGCUGGACCGCGUGGCGGAGCGCAUCGUUGAGACUGGCACGACCUCGCUGGUGCCAACCAUCAUUACCCAGAAGGAAGAGCUUUACGCCAAGCUUCUUCGCCUGCUCGCGCCCCGGUCGAGUAAGGACUCAGCCCACAUCCUCGGUUACCAUGCUGAGGGCCCAUUCCUCCACCCCGACCGCAAGGGCAUGCACACCACUGAGCUACUUCUCACCGCGAACACCGAAAACCCUAUCGACGUCUUUGACACGGUUUACGGCAAGGACGGGCUUGACCAGGACGGCGUUAAGAUGAUCACGGCUGCGCCUGACGUUGAGGGUGUGAUGGAGUGCGUCGAGCCGCUCACCAAGCGCGGCGUGACUUUCUGCAUCGGGCACUCGGACGCCAACCUUGAACAAGGCCAGAUGGCGGUCGCGCGUGGCGCCAACAUGAUCACGCACCUGUUCAACGCGAUGCCUCCCGUGCACCACCGCGACCCCGGUGUCGUUGGCCUCCUCGGCGAAACAGGGGAGCGCCCAUACUUCGGUAUCAUCGUCGACGGCCUCCACAUCCACCCCAACACGGUGCGGAUAGCCUACGGCGCCGCCUCGGACCGCUGCAUCCUCGUGACCGAUGCUCAGUGGAUCCUCGACCCCUCUCUCCCCGACGGCGUGCACCACUGGCGCGGCGGCUUCAGCUUCCACAAGGAGGGCUUGCGCGUCGUGCUCGAUGGCACGAACACGCUCGCCGGCUCCGCCAUCCCUUUCUACCAGUGUGUCGCCAACCUCUCGCAGUGGGCCGGCAUCACACUGCCCCAGGCGCUCGUGUGCGCAACAUACCACCCGGCGCAGAUGCUCGGGGGCCGCAUCGCGGAGAAGAAGGGCCGCCUCGACAUCGGUUGCGACGCCGACCUCGUCGUCUUCGGCUGGGACGGAUCGCUCCGCUCCACCUGGGUCAUGGGCAAAGAGGUGUAUCGCAACCCCGAGAUUGCGGGUGGCAAUGUCCUGCGGCCGCGCAACCAGGUCAACGGCAAGGCCCACUAGGCCCCUGAGGGAGACUAACCGACCGGACCGGGUAUUUGGCCGAGAGCGCAUCCUCCAAUUCCUUCAUAGAGAUUAGGCCGCCGCGGCCACCGCGGCGGCAUUUGGGCACAUCGUGAUGGAUCCGCAUUGUUGUUCUGUA